AUGCCUGCCUGCGCCGCCUUCUCGGUGCACGUCGCCUUCUACCUCUGGUACGGCACCCCGGCUCUUGACGGCCGUUGGCUCCACUGGGAUCAUGCGACGCUACCGCAUUGGACUGAUCAUAUGAACGAGCGCUUCCCGCCUGGCAAGCCCUUCAUCCCGCCAGACGAGCCGCACUCACCCUACUACCCUGCGCGAGGCCUCUACUCUUCUCGCGACGAGAGCGUUCUCCGUGAACAGAUGCGCGAGAUCGCCGCCGCUGGCAUAGACUCAGUGAUGCUCUCCUGGUGGGGCCAGGCGGGCAAAGAUAUCCGGCGCGACUCGCAAGGCGUCUCCACCGACGAGCUCGUGCCGGCUGUCCUCGACGCGGCGGCCGCGGCGGGCGUAGGCGUCAGCUGGCACGUCGAGCCUUACGGCGGCCGAACGCCCGCCUCCGUCCUGGACGACCUCCGCUACCUGCACGAACGUUUCGGCGCGCACCCCGCCUUGUGGAGGCAGCCUCCGCCAGCGGGGUCCCGCGACGGCUCGGCUAGCGACGGCUCGGCUAGCGACGGCUCGGCUAGCAGCCUGCCGCUCGUCUUUCUGUACGACGUGUCGGCAGAGCACACCGGGGGCGGCUCGCCGGCAGAGAAGCGGCGGGCGCGGGCGGCGUGGCGGGAGGUGAUGCGGCAGGUGCGUGGCAGUCCCUUCGACGCGACCGUGCUCUCUCUCUUCCUCGACGAGCGAGACGUCGACUUUGUGGCGGACGCGGGCUUUGACGGCGCGUACUCUUACUUUGCGGCGAGCGGCUUCACCGAGGGGAGCUCGCCUGGAGGCUGGCGCACGCUGCGGCAGCGCAUGGCGGCGACGGGAAAGGCUUUCGCUCCGUCAGUCGGGCCUGGCUACAACGACACACUGAUUCGGCCGUGGAACGGCGGAGCGACGCGGCCCCGCGAGGGCGGGCGGUAUUACGACGAGAUGUGGAGGGCGGCGCUCGACGCGUCGGCGAGCGUGGUCACAAUCACUUCCUACAACGAGUGGGGCGAGGGCACGCAGGUGGAGGCGGCGAGGCCGCACGUCACGGCCGCCGGCGCGGCGUACGCUGACUACGCGCCCGACCCGGGCGGCGCGUACCUGGACCGGACGCGGGAGUGGAUUCUGCGCGGGCGGCGGGAGCGAGGCUGUACGGCGGAGGAGCGUGUCGAACUGUAG